ACGAGAUUUCAGAUAUGGGGUUGUUUGAUCGAAAGGCCCGUGAUUGAAACGAAGAACGACGCAUUUAUUCUAUCAGCCACUGUACGCGUCUGGUGGUUCUGGACAGGGCAGAUGCUUGAACUCUCCUGGUGAGAAUCCAUUUUAGCGGAUUCGAACUGUGCGCCCUGCUGCUCUGCUCGGCGGGCAACCGUUGUCGCGGGCAUGGAGCCCCUUGCCCUCCUCCCGACCGCUGGGCUCCUCCCCGUUACUCCUUCUCUCGCCCACCGCCCGGCGUACCCUCUUCUCUCCUCCGCCAAGGCUACCAGCCUCUUCCCUCGCCUCGCAACGAAGCGUCGCACGGCCGUCUCUCCCCGGGCCUCAUCCUCGCCGCUGCCGCCGCCGCUUUCGUCGUUGACGGCCGCGACGUUGUCGCCUUCUCCUCCCCCGACCUCUCCAUGUACUCGGUGGGUGGUGGUGAUGGAGAAGCCUCCGAACGCCGCUCCCUCGAAAUCCGAGGUUAUUGACUACUACGUGGAAACCCUAGCUACGGUUUUAGGCAGCAGUGAGAAGGAGGCUCAGAUGUGCAUCUAUGACUUUUCAUGGCAGAACCAGUUUGGCUUCUGCUGUGACAUUGAUGAGGGGUUGGCUCGGGAGCUCACCAGAGUGCCAAGGGUAUUAUCUGUGAGGCCUGAUAGGGAUGAAAUAGCUAGAAAGAAGGAUUAUAGCUAUCCGAACAUCUCAUUAACUGACCAACUUGGAGCUGAUGGCCGAUGUUCUAAGUUUUCUCCAUCAGCGCAAAAUAAUGAGUACUGGCUAGUUCAAAUGGAGAAGCCUGGGAUUGAAAUUGUAACAAAGGCACAGAUGGUGGACUAUUAUGCUCAGACCCUAACCAAGGUUUUGGGGAAUGAGAAGGAUGCACAAGUUUCCAUUUAUGAUAUCUCUUGGGAGAAGGAUUUUGGAUUUUGUUGCCAAAUUGAUGAGGAAUGUGCACGGGGACUAGCUAAUGUUCCAGGGGUUCUAGCUGUGCGGCCUGAUAAGAAUAUUGGGUCAGAUAACAAAGAUUACAGAGGUGAUGAAAAAUCAGAGGGACUGGUUGAUUCAUCAGGAACCAAUAAGAUACCUGAUGUGAAAACCAAAAGGCUUUUUGUGACUGUUGCCAAACUGUUUGUUGCAGGACUUUCAUUCUAUACUUCUGAGAAAACCUUGCGUGCAGCAUUUGAAGGAUUUGGUGAGCUUGUUGAAGUUAAAAUUAUAAUGGACAAGAUAUCAAAAAGGUCCAAGGGUUAUGCCUUCAUAGAAUACACUACAGAAGAAGCUGCAAGUGCUGCUUUGAAAGAGAUGAAUGGGAAGAUCAUCAAUGGCUGGAUGAUAGUUGUUGAUGUUGCCAAAACUAACCCACCAAAAUACAGCAGGGCCCGCCAAAAGCCACCAAGUGCAUCAACUUUGUCCUAUUAAAUGAUGUUUAGGUUGACAACCAGAGAUCAAGGAAAGGCAUGGGUGAAUGUUUAGAUGCCUGGUCCGAAAUUUGUAAUCUUGUGAGUUGCCUCUGCAAUUGAAUUGGGGAGUGUUGGUUUCCCUUUGUACUAAUCACACUCCAACACUUGCAAAUAUAUCUCUUACACUACAUUCCUCAACUCUUUAGCCACCUAUUAGUACGCUUGUGACUUGGCUAGCACCGUAGAUGGCACAUGAUGUUAUUUUUGGUUUAGAGAAAAGGUCCACUGAAUUUUGUGGGACUCAA